AGAGCCAUCUAUUGAAUUGAAUUGAGGAUCUUGGAAAUUCAACAGCCAAUCAGCACGUCUGACAAUAUUUAUCGUACCACUUGAAAUGUUAACAUGCCCUAAACAGCAUUACCUAGAAAUAUUGUACAUUGCUUGAAUGCACUAGUUGCAUUUUGACUGUUUACGAGAUCGCUAGAAAUUAAACCUAUCAAUAGAUAGUAUCUUGCAAUAGACAGUUUAAUUAACUACGGUACCGUAAUUGUUUUAUUCGGCUUCAUCGGUGCGAUUAUUUUUAACCGUAACCACGUGGGAUAACACGGUGCGAUACAUGUGGUAUAGGUUAAAUUAAAUUUUCCAAGUAUUGUUAUCUUUUCUAAACCGAGUGCUCUUAUCAUUAACUCGGAGAAUAUGGAAUCGCACAAUGUUAUUGGGAAGAAACGAAAGAAGAAGCGUUCUCACAUGCAAAUGGCAAAAAAAUUCGCUCGUCAGAGGUACAGUGGCAAUGAACUGGACAAGGACACUUAUCAGUAUUUGAUUCGUGUUCUUGAGUUGAUGCGUGAAGGUUUCCCCACGUCUGAGGAGAAGAUGAUUUACGUGCAGAAUGUUUAUCAAGAAACUGUAGGCCAUGAAAUUGAAUAUGCACAAAAUCAAGUUGGAUCACGUGUCAUGGAUUCUCUGUUGAAGUAUGCUAACUUAGAAACCAUUGAGAGGCUGAUAAAAGCAUUCAUGUCCUCUGUGAGGAAAUUAAGCAGUGACAGAUUCGCCAGUCAUGUCUUGCAGAAGAUAAUAAUGAUCUGUGCUGACAGAGGCAAUAGGAUAUCUGAUACAUCAACCACAGACAAGACUGCCACAAGUAAAACUAGUACAGAAACAGAAGACAAUACUGCUGAUGUUGUCGUACAAGUUAAGUAUUCUGAAAAAGUGAAGUACAAUGAUAUUGUACUACAGCUAAGCAAAUACUAUAUUAAUAAUAUGGAAGAAUUUGUAUUUGAUACUUAUGCUAAUCAUAUCCUAAGAACUGUUAUAGAGUGUCUGGCAGGAUUGAUCGAGGAUGCUGACAGCGAAGGUAAUAAGAAAUCUAUGCCAUGUCUUACAAAGAGACGUCCUGUAAUUCAAGAGUACCGAGAUCUGUUGGUACAAAGCUGUGACCGGCUGCAGAAAUGGCCGCAGUUUCUAGAAUUUGGGCAAGAUGAAGUUACUUCUGGUUUAGUACAAUGCGUUUUGUACUCAUUGAACGAUAUUGAUUUGGAUUUAACAAGCACUAUCAUCAAGAAAAUUAGCACACAAUGUUUCAAAUCAGAAGAAGAUGGAAAACUAUCAAACAUAUUUAAUGCAGAAUGUUCAAUCAGAUUAUUGGAAACUUGUUUGAUAGUAGCAACACCGAAGAGCUUCAAAAAACUAUAUAAAAUGUUUUUUGUAGGAAAUUUGAAACAUUUGUGUUUGACACAGAUUACCAAUUUCAGCGUACAAAAAUUAUUAGACUAUUGCACCACUAAGGAGGAAAUGGAGGCAAUAUUUGAUGAAGUGUCGGAACACUUCCCAGAAAUUCUCAAGCGAGGUUUUACCGGGAUAUUGGCCAGCGCUGGAAAUGCAUGCUUGAGAUUACAGACAAAACAAGGUGCAUUUGUCAAUGCUAUAAUCAAGUUAUUGGAAUGCGGCACAUCCACACAAGAUCCAAUGCAGCUUGUACCAUGUACAGUGAUUCUGAAGAGUCCGACUCAACUAAAAUCUUUACCAAAUGAUCAACAACCACCUUUCAGCUUACACGGGAGUCUGAUAAUACAAGCAAUGCUACAUUUCAAUAAACCCAUCAAGAUCGUAAAUUCUUUACUAGAGAUGAACAAUGAGGAAUUGCUGCGCCUAUUCGGUGAUCCGAAAGGCAGUCGAAUUCUCGACGCCUUCAUGGACAGCAAAUAUAUCGGCGAAAAGAGCCGUGAGAAAUUAUUCAAAAAACUACGAGGUACUUGGGCGGAAUUAGCUAAAAGCACGCACGGAUCUAGAUGCUUGGACAAAAUGUGGGUAUGGGCACGGCCAGAUCACAAAAUCUCCAUUAUGGAGGAAUUGUCCGCAGCCGGAGAAUCUUUACGAUCAUCUAAGUCGGGAAGGAUCAUCUACACAAAAUUGAACCUGCCGUUAUUCCAGAGAAGUAAGAAAGACUGGUCGGAGUCACAAGGAAAAGAAGAAAAGAUCAGAGCAUUGUUUGCAAAUGUUAUUAAAAAUGCUCCUGGAAAAUAAUCUGAAAUAUUGUAGCACCAAUUUUUACACGCUUAUAUUACAUUUGUUGAAUGAAUGACGAUCAGUAUCGUUUUUUAACGAAUAUCGGACAUUACUUUUUCAUCUGCGAAAAAUGAAGAGAUAUCUUUAAGAUGCUUAAAUAUAAAAAAAGAAAAAUGAAAACGCGUGUGUUAACUCAAGUAUCCGCGUACUUUUUAUAGAAAAGAGUACGAUUACACUUCACAUUCCUCUCACAUAACCGUAGGAUAUAAUGUAAAAAAUAUAAUGUAAAAAAUAAUCUCUUGAUAUUAUUUUUUUCUUACGUUCUGACAUAGAAUAAUCAUAUAUUUCGUUAGUUUAUAAAUACAUUUUAUAGGAUCCAUCAUACAUCCCCGCAACGCAAUGUGUCUAGGAAAAAUUACAAUAAUUCGUAGUCUAUAGAUUUGAGCAAAGUUCCCUAACGCAUACAAUCGACGAUAAAUCCGCUUCAUUUUCAUCGUGACUAGACUUAAAUAUACGUGGUAAUUAUAUCCUGAGGUGCGCGCAAAGUAAAAGAUUCGACUCGCGUUACAUUAGUCGUUACAAUCGUUAAACCUAUCAAUUGACUAGGAUAAGAUCGAUGUGAUUCGUCUUUCGUAUACGAAACAUCGAGGUGAGCGUGAAUACGCGAUCAUCAAAAUCAAGUCACUUUUAUGCAUGUGUGUGUGUGUGUGUAUGUGUGUGUGUGUAUAGAUGAGUGGAUGAAUGUGCAUAUAUCGUGUGUGUCAUAUAUAAAUAUGUAUGAGUUUCAUUUCGUGAUAUAUUCUAUUUUCAUAACGAUAUUUUGCUUUGUAAUAUUGAGACACGGUAAAAAGUUACAUCCAAGUGAAAGAACACAUAGUAAACGAUUAUUUGACAGUAAAGAGAGAGAGAGAGAGAGGGGAGAGAGAAAGAGAAAGAGAAAUCAACUUGUGCAACGUUACAAUUUUAUGCAUCUCAUAGAUUUAACUGAUAUCGACGAUAGUGAAAGUCCCUCCCCCCGUGCUUUUCCAGAUCGUUACAAGCAAGCAAGAAAGAUGCAAUAUUGCAUAUUCUAAGUCGCAUAAAGUUCGUUAAUCCGGCGAAUGUAUUCUUCGGUUUCGCAUCGCGAAUACUAAAUUCGAUUUGCUAAUGGCGAAAUGAAGAAAUUUCUACACUAAUGGGGGAGAGUUAUUUUCGUAAUGCUACAUUUACCGCUAAAUGUCGAUUCGGAGCGAUACGAAACGCGCGUCUCCGUUGUGAUUCACUGAUCGAAUUCAUUGAUAUCUAUUAUUCCUUCAGUUGCAGAAAGCGCUUAAGACACGCAUUAUUACUAUUGUUCGAUAUAAUCCUAGGUAAUGAAUGGAUUGGAAAUUUGCAAUCCGGUAGAGGAUAAAAAGGUGAGCGGCUGGCACGAUGCUGAUAAAUGUGUACAUUCACGACAGUGCUCUGCAUGCUGUUCCGCCGGUGCUAUCUAUUCGGAAAACGCAAACAUCUAUGUGGUCGGUUACGCUACUUGACGUGAAAUCAGUUGCUCAUUUUGCGUGAUUAAUUGAUAAAGUCCUAAAGCACAUUUAUCACGCCCGACGUUUCACCCGAGGCGUGUAAUCGACUUAGUUAAGAAGUUUGCUUGCAUAUCUAUAUGUUCGUGCAUUUUUGACACUGACCGCGCCUGAUCAUUAGUCCAAGGUAGUCUAAUGUGAAUUUUAAAUACAGCCUCAUGAGAUGCUCCGAUCUCUUUUACAUGUUUUCGUAACGUGUUUGAAUAUCAUUGUAUGGCUCAAUUGAAAAAUAAUUACUGGUAUUGAAACUGAUCAGUCAGUCGGAGAUUCGUAUUUGUGAAAGUUCGAUUAAAUUUCGAUUAAAUGAAAGACAGUUGUAAAUUUCCUGAUAUUUACCGUUGCGUGAUUCUUAUCACCUGAUUGAAACGCCGGAAUUAGAGAUUGCCACAGACAACUGAUUGUCAAAAUCAGUUGCUUGCUAAUUCGACCGUCAAUCUGCCAAUUGACAAGCGAAUAAUCAACUUGCUCACAGAUACAUCGAAUUAGAGAGAUUCUUGUCCAGACUUGCCCACGUUUCCAAACGGAUUAUGAAAGAAAUGUCGAGAUUAGUUCCAUAGAAAGAAAAGGACACAUCGAUGAGAGUACGCAGAAGAUGUAUGAUCGCUAAAAACCCUGUAGAAAAUAGAUGAAUAAAGAAGAAUUGAUAGAAAUUUA